UUAUUGAUGUUGCAGUUGUUGUCGUCGUUGGCGAGGGCCGCCGUUGCCGCGGGUGCCGCCGGUGAAGUGCCUGAAAUGUUGUGCGGUGAACGGCGAGCGGCAAGCGGCAAGUGCACGGUGAGCGCUGGCAUCCCGGCCUAGCGGCGGCGGCGGCGGCGGCGGCGGCGGCGAGUGUCUGGCGGCCGUCUGGUUAGUAAGGCCGCGGCCGUCGUCCUCCUCGCACGCUGCUUGCUAUGGACGCGGCUCCACAGACUCAUGAGUAGCACUGGCUGUAGGCUGUGGGUGGUGGCGGCUCGGCUCGCCCUACUGCUGCUGCUGCUGCUCGCCCGGCCAUCGCACGCCCGCCCCGAGCCUCCCGAGACCCACCACUGCCCUAACUGUGUCCACCCGCGCUCCGUGCCCGACGCCCGUGCCCUAGAGACCCUGCGCAUAGAGGGCAUCAAACAGCAGAUACUGAGCAAACUGGGCCUCCGCGCCAAGCCCAACGUGACCUCCGGCAUCCCGCGCGAGGUGCUGCUGCAGACGCUGUACCGCUCGGAGGAGGACCGCGAGCUGCUGGAGAAGCAGCAGGAGGAGAUCCACACAGCAGGCGAGGAGCUGCUGGAGGAUGAUUACUACGCCAAGACGUCUGAGAUCAUCAGUUUUGCUGUCCCAGGGCCACAAGUGAACAACUACACCUUGCUGGAGUUCACCCAGAGCGAGGCGGACGUGACCUCCCUGCGCGUGACGGAGGCCAUGCUGUGGGUGUUCCUGCGCAGGCCGCCCGGCGCCCGCCACCACGACCCCACCCGCUCCAAGACCAUGCUCUGGGUGUUCCGCGUGCCGCCCGGCGAUGUGCGCAAGGGCCCCUCGGCGCAGCUGGUCACGUCGCUGCACCUGUCGGCGUCGCACGUGGGGUGGCACCGCCUGGACGUGACCUCGGCGGUGCAGCGGUGGUUCGCGCGGCCCGGGGAGCGGCUGCGCCUGCUGGUGGACUGCAGCAGCUGUAGCGGCGAGCUGGAGGCUGCCCUCUUCACCGCCCGCAAGCUUAAGGGCGCCCACAAGCCGGGCUCGCGCCGCUCCGAGGCCUCGCACCGGCCCUUCCUGGUGGUGCACACGGCGCCCACGCCCUCCCGCCGCCUCUCGCGCCGCGCCCUCCAGUGUGAUAAAGACACCAAAAUGUGUUGCAAGCAAAACCUGUUUAUCUCCUUCCGAGAACUGGGGUGGGAUGACUGGAUCAUUGCGCCCACCGGGUACAACGCCAACUACUGCAAGGGGUCGUGCGCCAGCGUGUUCCGCACGCUGGACGCCUUCCCGCACUUCCACUCGCAGGUGAUGGAGGAGGUGCGGCGGCACCGGCCGGCGGGCAGCCUGGAGCAGUGCUGCGCGCCCACCAAGCUGUCCCCCAUGUCCCUCAUCUACCAGGACGAGUACUCCAACAUCAUCAAGCGGAACGUGCCGCGCAUGGUGGUGGAGGAGUGCGGCUGUGCGUAAGGGCCGCCGCCCCCGCCCGCGCCCCGCGCCCCGCCCGUGUGAUGCUUCACUGUGAUGGCCCGCCACGCCGCGCCGGGCGCCCGCGUCCCCCUGGGGACCACCUUCGGAAAUAGUCUGAUCUGUGAUCAUAACUUUAAGAGAAGUUGUCGUUGUGUUGUUACUUGUUGUUCUUGUUGUAGGGACUCGUGAGGCGGGGGCCGCGGCGCCGCCCCGCCCAGCCCCGCCCCGCCCGCCCCGCCUCCACACCUGACCGCCGCCCCGCCCACAGCCCGCAGCCACGUGCAGGCGCCCCGCCCCGCCCACCGCCGCCUGUGUGCCGCCUCACCCGCCUGCCGCCGCCCGCCGCCCAUGUAUCCGCCCACUGUGUGUGUGCCCACCAGCCUGUGUUCACACGUCCGCCCACCGCCCCGUGCCGCCCACCCACCACGCCCACCCUGCCGCCAGCCGGGGCACCUGUACGCCCGAGCCGCCUCCCGUCGCCGCCACACGCUCUACGCCCCGCUCCACCCCACCCCGCCCCACCCCGCCGCCACAGCGACCACCGCCCAACCGGGACGCCGCCCGUCCCCACUCGCCCCACCCCGCAGGGCUGCGGGGUGGGGCGGCGCGGGGAGGCCUGCCAGGGUGCGGGGCGGGGCGGGGCGGGGCGGCGUGCAGGGAGGCCUCCAAGUGUGAUAAUAAUUAAUAGAGUUAAUGUAAGCGAGCAAGUCACGGGGCUCGGCAGCACUGAGGGCAGGGGAGCCGCCCCCCGCAGCCCUGAACUGUCUUUCAUGGACCCUGGAGGGACCGCUGCCACCCCCCACCCCCGCGGCGCCGCCCCCUCGCCCCAAGGCCCAAACGUCUCUCUCUUCUUCGCCGUAAAAUAAUAAUAGUAAUAAAUCGCUUGUCUAACCUUACGGGCGCCGCGCCAACCCGCGUGACGCCCCGCCCCGCCCCGCCCGCCCAGCCCCGCCCCGCCCGCCCCGCCCAGUCCAGCCCAGCCCAACCCAGCCCCGCCCCGCCAGCCCAGCCCCGCCCGGGGGUGGCCACCACCGCGUCCAGCUGUGUGUGUGUGCCAGCCGUGUAGCAGCAGCAGCAGCAGCAGCAGCCCACGGCCCAUGGCGGCGCCUCCUGCACGGCUCCUGUGGAGGGGGACUGCUGGGAGAGAGAGAGAGAGAGAGAGAGAGAGAGAGAGAGAGAGAGAGAGAGAGAGAGAGAGAGAGAGGUGGGAGGGUGGUAAGCACACACACACACACACACACACACACACACACACACACACACACGCACACGCACGCACGCACGCACGCACGCACGCACAAAAUAAUUCAUUCUCUUUCUCUCUCUCUCUCUCUCUCUCUCUCUCUCUCUCUCUCUCUCUCUCUCUCUCUCUCUCUCUCUCUCUCUCUCUCUCUCUCUCUCUCUCUUACUCUCUCUCAGUCAAUCAGUCAAUCAGUCAUUCAAUCAAGUCAACAAAACAAAACCAACAAAUCAACAAAAAAAAGAAA